AUGUCGUCAGGUACUCUAUACGCCAGUUUCAGAAUCAGAUCCGUCGUUCCCAGGGCUCUUGUGAACCAUUUCAAAUUGGAUGUCACCAUCGUUGACCCUACCAAGUCUGGGGAACAGUUUGCUAAGGACUUCCCCUUGAAGAAAGUGCCAGCUUUCGUUGGUGCCAAGGGGUACAAGUUGACCGAGUUGAUGGCCGUCAACUACUACCUGUUGAACAUGGUUCAAGACACCGCUGCUGUCGAGAGAUUGACAGGGAAGAACGCAGAGGAGAAGGCUCAAAUCAUCAGAUGGGAGUCUCUGUCAAACUCUGACUUGAUUUCCCAGAUCGUCGCCGCUUUCCUCCCAUUGAAGGGUGAUGCUCCUUACAACAAGAAGGCCGUUGACACCGCUUUGGAAACCAUCGACAAGAUCGCAGCCAUCUACGAGACUAGAUUGACCGACUACACUUUCUUGGCCACUGAAAACAUCUCUCUGGCCGAUUUGGUCUCCGCCUGUCUGUUCACCAGAGGGUUCAACUACUUGUUCGGCAAGCAGUGGAGAGCUGACCACCCAGCAAUCGUUAGAUGGUACAAGACCGUCAUUGACAGCGAGAUCAUGAAACCAGAGUUCACUGACUUCAAAUUCAUCGAUGAGCCAUUGGCCCCACCACAGAAGAAGAAGGAGAAGAAGCCUGCCCAGGAGCCAAAGAAGAAGCAGGAGAAGCCAGCACAGGCCGCAGAGGCCGCGCCAGCCGCCGAGAAGAAGCCAAAGCACCCAUUGGAACUUUUGGGUAAAUCCGCUUUCUCCCUUGACGAAUGGAAGAGAACGUACUCUAACGAGGACACCAGACCAGUGGCCCUUCCAUGGUUCUGGGAACACUACAACCCAGAGGAGUGGUCCCUGUGGAGAGUCGACUACAAGUACAACGACGAGUUGACUUUGACCUUCAUGUCCAACAAUUUGAUCGGUGGGUUCUUCAACAGAUUGUCCGCUUCCACAAAGUACAUGUUCGGUUCCCUAGUCGUCUACGGUGAAAACAACAACAACGGUAUCAUCGGUGCCAUUCUUAUCAGAGGCCAGGACUACGUUCCAGCCUUCGAUGUUGCCCCAGACUGGGAAUCUUACGCCUACACCAAGUUGGACGCCACCAAGGACGAGGACAGAGAGUUCGUCAACAACAUGUGGGCCUGGGACAAGCCUGUUAUCGUCAACGGUGAACCAAGAGAAAUCGCCGACGGUAAAGUCUUGAAAUAA